UAACACAAAGUCAAUGCAUAAAGCAAAUUACUCUUCAGUGUCUGAAUUUGUGUUCCUGGGACUUUCUCCCUCCAGGCCAGUACAGGAUUUCCUCCUUGCCUUCUCUACAGUGUGUUAUGGAACAAUUGUUCUAGGGAACCUCCUUGUUGUGUUUGCAGUGAUCUUUGACCCUCAUCUACAUUCCCCCAUGUACUUCCUUUUAGCCAACCUCUCCUUUAUUGAUUUGUGUUUUUCUACCUUAACAGUUCCUAAGACACUUUCUGAUCUGUGCUCUGGGCGCAAAACCAUAUCCUUUCAGGGGUGUGUCUUCCAGAUAUUUGUCCUUCACAUCCUGGGUGGAUCUGAGAUGGUGCUGCUUACUGCCAUGGCCCUAGAUCGAUAUGUGGCCAUAUGUAAGCCCCUGCAUUACCUGACCAUCAUGAGCCCCCGGAUGUGCCUUUUGCUUCUGUGUGGUGCUUGGGCUAUUGGCCUCAUUCACGCAGUGGUCCAGGUAGCUUUUGUGGUCCAUCUGCCGUUUUGUGGUCCUAAUGAAAUAGAUAGCUUUUACUGUGAUCUUCCUCGGUUUAUCAAACUUGCCUGCAUAGACACCUACAGAAUGGAAUUCAUGGUUACCGCCAACAGUGGGUUCAUUUCUAUGGGCGCCUUCUUCUUACUGAUUGUCUCCUAUGUUUUCAUCCUGGUGACGGUAUGGAAACGCUCCUCAGGCAGUUUGUGCAAGGCUCUCUCUACUCUGUCGGCUCACAUCAGUGUGGUGAUUUUGUUCUUUGGGCCAUGCAUCUUUGUUUACAUGUGGCCAUUUCCCACGGUGCCGGUGGACAAGUUCCUUGCCAUUUUGGACUUUAUGAUUACGCCCCUCCUGAAUCCUGCCAUUUACACAUUGAGAAACAAGGACAUGAAGAUGGCAGUGAGGAGACUGAGUAGUCAGCUCCUGAGCUGGCAGAAGAUCUCCUAAAUAACUCCUGACAGCACAAGUUACUUUAAGAAAAUGUUAAUACAAAUUUCUGAUAUAAUUACACAAAAUUUGGGGCUUUUUUCCCUGAAGUCACCGUUUUAUUAUAUUUAGACUAAAUCACUGAUUAUGAGGUUACACUGAAUCAUCCAAAUAACCUUCUUGUUGGCAAGUUGUUUGACAGUUGAAUUAAAGUCUCAGGAAAUGUUUGGGGGAAGUUUUUGAAAAAGCCUAGAUAUUACAGACUUGGCAUCUGCUGAAAUUAUGGCUUUAGACACAACUGCCUGGAUUCAAUUAACUAACUGAAUUUGAUUAAUACAAUUAACUUAGAAAUAAUAUACUCAAACUUUUGAAGGAACUAUGAAAUAUUUAACACUCUACUCCUUUGAUUUAAAUCCCAGAUAUGAUUUAUUAAAUUUAUAAUUUUUUGAAAUUUAAAAAUUUUGUGAGAGAGGAUUUAAAGCCUGGAGAAAAAAAAAACAAGUGUAACAAAUGGAGUUGACAGAGGAUGGAUCAUGUAUUAUAAUAAGAGGAGAUUGACAGAUGGUGGGAGGGAAAACGUAAUGAAAGCCUCAUGUUUCUAGUAUGUUUCAUGUGUUUGGCCUGUGGCUACUACUCUCACCCUGGCUUAUCUCACUUAUCAUGGGCUUAAGUCAUCUCCACUUGGCCUAGGGAAGGAUAAUUUAUGUAUAUGUUUCUAUUUCAUACUUUUUGAAAUAGUGACUUAAUCUGUUCAGAAAAUAUUCCUCAAAUGUCAGAAGAUUUUGAUCUGAUAUAUCAUGACUGGUAUUAUUAUCCAUCAACUGCCCUGUCCAAAUUUUUGCUGGCUAUUUUUCUCUAGCAACUUAAAUAGCUCUUUUGUUGCU